ACUCUGUUCUCGCUCUCGCGGUAGCUCCGUGCCUCCACUGGCGGCGACAUUCAGAGAGGAGAUGGCGGCCAGAGGGGGGUUUCAGUCGGCACCGACGGGAGGUGGUGGUGGAGCAAUGGGACCUGGACCACCGGUACCGGGCGCAGGACCAGGCAUGGGCCCCGGGACUCCUUCUGGAAGGAUGGUACCGUCGUCGGCCGCGCAGAACCACAUGUACCGCUCCCCGAUGCCUGGGCCCGGGUACCCGAGACCAGGCAUGCCUCCAUCCAGCCGCAUGACCCCACAGGGACCAGCCAUGGGCCCCCCAGGAUAUGGCAACAGCCCAGUGUCUCGCCCUGUAAUGCCUGGUGUGAUGGACCCGUCUCGCAAGAGGCCCGCACCCCAACAGAUCCAGCAGGUUCAGCAGCAGAACCGCAACCAGCACACAAAGAAGAAGAAGAUGGCUGAUAAAAUUCUACCUCAGAGGAUCAGGGAACUGGUCCCAGAGUCUCAGGCUUACAUGGAUCUGCUGGCUUUUGAGAGAAAGCUGGAUCAGACCAUCAUGCGCAAGAGGCUGGACAUUCAGGAGGCUCUCAAGAGGCCCAUUAAGCAAAAGAGAAAGCUCCGGAUCUUUAUAUCAAACACCUUCAACCCUGCAAAGCCAGAUGCAGAGGAUGGAGAAGGCACAGUUGCAUCAUGGGAGCUACGUGUUGAGGGACGUCUGCUGGAAGAUACGGCUGUGUCCAAGUAUGAAGCCACCAAACAGAAGAGGAAGUUCUCCUCUUUCUUCAAGUCUCUGGUGAUUGAAUUGGACAAAGACCUGUAUGGUCCAGAUAAUCACCUUGUGGAAUGGCACAGGACUGCCACCACACAGGAGACUGAUGGUUUUCAGGUGAAGAGGCCUGGUGAUGUGGGUGUUCGCUGCACCGUCCUGCUCAUGCUUGACUACCAGCCCCCUCAGUUCAAGCUGGACCCCCGGCUGGCUCGUAUGCUAGGUAUCCACACCCAGACUAGACCGGUCAUCAUUCAGGCCCUGUGGCAGUACGUCAAGACCCACAAACUCCAAGACCCUCAUGAGCGCGAGUUCAUCAACUGUGACAAAUAUCUGCAGCAGAUCUUUGAGACUCAGCGGAUGAAGUUCUCCGAGAUCCCGCAGCGCUUGCAUGCUCUCCUGAUGCCCCCUGAACCAAUCAUCAUCAACCAUGUGAUCAGUGUGGACCCUAAUGACCAAAAGAAGACAGCUUGUUAUGACAUUGACGUGGAGGUGGAUGACACGCUAAAGACCCAAAUGAACUCUUUCCUGCUCUCCACAGCCAGUCAGCAGGAAAUAGCAGGACUGGACAACAAGAUCCAUGAAACCAUUGAGACCAUUAACCAGCUGAAGACCCAGAGAGAGUUCAUGUUGAGUUUUGCCAGAGAUCCUCAGGGCUUUAUCAAUGACUGGCUUCAGUCCCAGUGCAGAGACCUCAAGACCAUGACAGAUGUGGUAGGAAACCCAGAAGAAGAGCGAAGAGCAGAGUUUUACUACCAGCCGUGGGCUCAGGAGGCCGUCUGCCGCUACUUCUACUCCAAGGUCCAGCAGAGGCGACAGGAGCUUGAGACGGCACUCGGCAUCAGGAACACCUAGAGAAAAGUAUCCACAGGCAGCAAACGCAGAGAUCUGUUGUGCUGUCUGGAGACGACUGUUUGAGAAAGUGGGACGUAAAUGAAUUCCUCCCAGAGUUUUCUGACAAACUUAGAGAGACAUAGAUACUAGAUGGCUUUACCGCUAUGUAUAGAAUGUCCUUUUUUGUUUUUAUUUUCACCCUGCAGCGUGACUACUGUUGCAGCUUGGUUGCUACCUUCACAAAGUAUAUUUUGUUUAUUCUACCCACACAAGAGCUCCUUGAGCACAAUGCAUUUUUGCUUGCAUGUCUUAAGCCUUACCUGGAAGCAUUCCUUUCAUUUUGGUACAUGUGCCCAUACAAAAGUACAGAUUGUACUCUAAUAAGAAAGCAGAGGGCAGCUUUUAAUGUAUUUUGUCCCUGAAUAUAAAAUGUCUAAAAUCAGCUGGAAUGUGUUGAUUCUGCCUUGGCUCUUUGUUCCCGUUAUUGGAAAGUAAAUUUACAUUAUACACUCCCAACCCAGCCCCUGGAUCCUUGCCCAAUAAGGUAGAUAUUAAUUGUGAUUGUUUGUAUCAAUCAGGCUACUUUGCUGCAUUGGCUGUUCAUGUGUAUCUUUGUCUUAAGCUCUGAUUGGUUUGUUUUGACAGUCUGGUGUACGAGAGACGUCUAAAAGCUCAAUCAUGGCAGAAUAUACAUUUUUUUGUUAAGGGUGCCAUUUAGUAUGAAGUUUUCCUUUUUCUUUAGUUUUUGUUAUCAGUGAUUCUUGUUUUAAAAAAUGUGUAUUAAAUCAGUACUUGUCUUGUUAACUAGUACGGAUUAUCAAGGAAGUAGCUAGUAUGAGUACCUCUAGUCUAUAUAGUUUUGUAAAUACUGAGCAGAAAAAAACUGAAGAUGGAUGUGAAGUAAAAUUGUAUCUCUUAUCCUAGCAGAUGUUUUUCUUAACUCUUUGUCUACGCUCAGAUAGUUGAACCAGUAUUUAUAUUAUUAAUCAGCCCUCGCUGUCGGAGCACAGUGAUUUAGCUCUCCUCAACGUAAAGACGCCGGUCACAUUUGGAGAAUCACUGCUCCGCUGGACGGUUUGAACACUGCAUUCACGUCAUCUGCAAGGGAAGUUAAAUUUUCUGCUUUUAGUUUAGUGUAUUUUUAAUUAUGUGCAGAGAAACCAUAAAUAACGAGACUGAAAUGUAAGCACGUGUGCAUUUAAUUAAUAAAUUCCAAGAAUACACUACUGUGGGUUUGGGCAGGUACAUGAUAUGAAACGAGCGGUGGGAACCUCUGGGUUGUAAAACAAAAUACUGACUGUAUUUGAAUCUGCAGACUUUUUCAUGGACCAAACCUAUUUUUCUGUAUGUUAUGUUAUAAUAAAGGAUAUGUAAAAUAUA